ACGAGUUUUGUCCAUGUUGCCGAGGCGAAGGGAAGAUAAAGCAGUUAGCAGUAAUGCUAUUCGACACAUUACAGGGAACUUAGCAUCUUUCGUACGGGGUUCCGAAUGCACACAUUAUAAUGGUGAAGUUAAGGGCAAGAUGUCUGCUUGUCGGGGAUGCUGCAGUGGGGAAAAGUUCUCUUUCUCAUAUCUUCUACAGCGAUGGAUCUCUGUUCCAGAAGAACUAUAGCCUGACAACAGGAGUGGAGCUGCUGACGAAAUGUAUCAACAUCCCAGAAACCAACGACUCUGUGGAGCUCUAUAUCUUAGACUCUGCAGGGAAGGAGACGCUAGUGGAGGGCUGCGAGAAAAUGUGGGGCGAGCCUUCUUUGCUGUGUCUGGUGUUUGAUCUGACCAGUGAGCAGUCUUUUGCUAACUGCAGCCAUUGGAUGGAGAGAGUCCAUGCACACUGCAAAGGUCUCCAUGUACCAGGUGUGCUUGUGGGCAACAAGUCAGACCUGUCAGCUAGAAGGGAAGUGCAAGCAUCUGUGGCCAGAGAGUGGGCCCAAAGCCAGGGGCUGGAGUACCAUGAGACAUCAGCCAAAGAGAUGGAGAACUGUGACGCACCGCUCCUCAGUUUAGCACAAGCGUUCUACUCUCUUUACCAGGAGCGACGUGAGACCAUCCAGAACCUGAGCCCGGGCUAGACUCUUGGUUCGCCACAGUCGCGCAGACCUGGAAGCAGCUGAGAAUCACUGAGACAUGAACCUAAUGGACAAAUUGCAUUCAGAGAAAAGGACUUUCUGACAAGGAUCCAGAAAAAGCUUUCUGGAUAUUUUGAUGUAAAUAACGGCCUAAUAAAGGAGCUAGCGGUGUUUUC